GGGCGGCAUGUACUGGAAACUAUCCUCUGUGGUUUCUUCUAAAGAUACUAGAACCCCGGGCAGUAAACAUGCCUAGGAACAAUUCUGCUCUGCUCUUGUUUCCGCACGGAGCGAUUAUACGUGACACUGGUGCUCUUGCUUUGCUGUCCCCCUAGUCAGGGUCACGCUGUGCAGUAGAAAUGUAUCGCAGGGCUGUGCUGGUCCUGUACAGAGGUGGUCGAGGACGGACAGAGGGGGCUCUCACCUCCAGCAGGUAUACAAAUCACAUUGUGAAGUGCUUUUCUCUCGGAAGUGCGCACUGCUCUGAAAAGAAGCCACCUGAGGAUCAUGUCAGCUCCGGCCCACCUGCAGAAGAAAAGACGGAUGUGCCGCACAAGGACGAUUCCUCCCAGCCACAAGCAGACAAUUUGAAGAAUAUCAUAAGUGGCAUGAAGGUGGAAGUGAGUGCUAAGAACAUGCUUCUGGCAAAGAAGAAGGGAAAGAAGGAAAAGAAUUUGAGAGAGAGGACGGAAGGAUUGGAAAGUGCCAGUAAGAUGUUUCAGAUGGCAUCAGGAGCAAACCGGCCAGAUGAGGAAAAAGCAGAGAGUCCUGAAAUGGGCGCCGCAGUGUCUGCUGUUGCGUCAACUUUCCCGAAGCAAAAAAAAAAUCAAGUGGAAUCUGAGCUUCUGCAGCAACUGCGAUUACACAAGAAAAUGGCCGAAACCCAGAGGAAAGGAGGAGAUCUGAACAUCAGUAACGUUAUUUCUGGAAUGCAAAUCAAGCAGCAAUCCAACGAUUUUAAGAAAAAUCGACAAGAAGGUGAAAUGGAGCAAGGCUUCAUGAAAGGACUUCGGAUAAAAAGCUCACAGGGACUGUUCACUGGCAAGCGGCUGAAAAUAUUUCCUGCUUCUCCCGUCUCUGAACAGACAACUAUAACAGAUUCCUCUCCAACCCUGUGGGAUAUAGAACUAGCCAAGGAGAUUGCAGCUGCCUGUGAACAUCCACCAAGAAAUGGUUUUGAAGAGAUGAUCCAGUGGACAAAUGAGGGAAAACUGUGGACAUUUCCUAUUGACAAUGAAGCUGGUCUUGAUGAAGAGCAGAAAGUGGAGUUUCAUGAGCAUAUUUUCUUGGAUAAGUACUUGGAAGAUUUUCCAAAUCAUGGUCCCAUCCGACAUUUCAUGGAGCUUGUAGUUUGUGGCUUGUCUAAAAAUCCGUACCUUACAGUCCAGCAGAAGAAGGAGCACAUAGAUUGGUUCCAGGAUUACUUCAACCAGAAGGAAGAUAUUCUCAGGGAAUGUGACGUUUACCUGAACUGAAUGGAACUGGAAUCUGCUGUAAUACCAAAGGUCAUUCCGAUGGGUAUUGCCUUCUUGGCAGAACUCUUCACCCAUGCAAGAGGAAAUGGCAUCUUAUUCCUCAAUUGUUUCUGUCUUCUGUAAUCAUAUUAGAAUUUUGCUUGUUUAAUAAACCCUUAUUUUGUUUUUGA